AUGUAUCCACCAGAAUUGGCUCGGGGUACUAAAUUGGAACAGGCCAUUAAUAAAGCAAAUGAGCGUUUCAGCGAAUUAUACAAUCAAGUACAUGAUUGGUAUAAACUUAUUGCCGAAACAAAGCAAUCGGCUGCUCAAGAAAAGGCAGAGUACGAGAAAGAUAUGCAACAGAAGACUUUAUCGUACGAUGCAAGAACAAAAUUAAACUUACAGUGGCAAGACAAAGAGAAACAGUGGAGAAAAGAAAUUGAUUUUUAUAAACAACAAAUUUUAACAGUUGAACAAGACAUGAAAAAGAUUGAAUCAACAAGUACUGAAACAGAGAAUUUACUUCGUACAGUUAUUAAAAAUCUGAAAACAUCUCAA